AUGGAAUUCAGUGAUUCUGAUCCAACGUUCCGUUUACGAUUUUUAACACCAAAGUUCGAACCCGAUGAUUUUGUUCAAUCGAUUGCAUCAAAAUCCAUUGGUAGUGUAGAUUUAAUGAAUAUGAAACGUCGAAUGUAUUUGAUUGCCAGUGAAGCUAAAACAGAAUUAAAACAAAAUGUUUAUCGUAAUCAUACAAAAUUUAUUGACACGGCUAAAGAAGUAUCAUCAUUAGAGUCAGAAGUCUAUCAGUUACAUUCCUUAUUAGCCGAUGAAAAAUCACUACUGAAUACGGUUAAGGAAUUAUUAAAUGUCGAAGAUAAAAGUGGGAAACCAACAACAUCAUCAGACAGUGAUUCAUGGGAAUUACUUGUUCGUCAUUGUGAAAGUUUAGGUUUAGUAUCAUCGAAUAGUGAUAGACGUUUAUUGUAUAGCGGUAAAUUAUUUGAAGUCAAGUCUGAAGUUUCACCUAAAACAACCAUUGCCAAAUCUCCACUACCAACAUCUUCUUAUGUGACACAUCAAUGUUACGGUUUAUUGUUUACUGAUUGUUUCAUUAUCGCUAAAUCGUCUAAUAUUCGUACGGCAACUGCUUAUGAUGUUGAUCAAGUAUUUAAAUUUACUAUGGAUGAUAAAGAUAGCAAUAAACAACAUCAACAAAUACAAAUAUCAAAUAUAAAAGAUGACCAAUAUCGCAAUGCAUUUUGUCUCAAACAUAACAUGGAAGUAGUGACGUUAUUAUGCGAUAGUUCACAAAGUAAAAAAACAUGGCUUGAAUGGUUUGAAAGUGUUUUGUAUCCAAAACAGCGUCGUGGUUCUCUUUUGUAUACCGAUUCUGAUCAAAUAUCAGCAGUACACGAUAAAAAACAUCAAUCAUCACUGGAAGAAGAUUUUUAUAAUGAUGAAUGGGUAACAAAUACUACAGAAAAUUUAACAAUUCUAUUAGCUGAACGUAAUUUUGAUCAAGCACUUAAUUUAAUACUAAAAGCACGUACACAUUCAAGUCAAUUUCAACAGCAACAAAAUCAACAACAAACAUUACCAUUUAUUGAUGAAUAUUUAAAAUCUAUCAAAGGAAAAGAACAAGAAUUAUGUAAAUUAAUUGAAAAAGAAAUUUAUAAUAUUUGUGAACGAGGAUGUUCAAUGAUUAAUUCUAUAAAACAUUAUUAUCACCAUAUACAAAUAUUGAAAAAAUUAGGCUACAUAUCUAAAGCAUGUGAUUUGUUUAUCUACAUUCAAAAUUCGUUAAUGAAUACCACACUAAAACAAACAAAAUUAGAAGAAUUAAACGUUGUUUACGUCGAAAAUUAUUCCAGUACCUUCUUUACACGUUUAGCCGGUAGUUACUACGAAUUUAUUCAAAUAUUUAAAGAUAACAAAUCUACUUUUUCGAAAUUUAUUGUUUGGAUAACAAAUGAAAUUGAAAAACUGAUCAAAAUUUUACGUAACCAACACUACAUUGGUUCGCGAAAUUUUGGCUUUACCAUGAAAAAUAUUGAAAUUUUAUUAUUAAAAGCUAAUGACUUUUCCAUAAAAUUAAUUGAUGUUAAAUUUUUAUUUGAAGAAUAUUUAGAACAAGUGUUAAUUAGCACAAUAAAAGAUCAGAAAGAUUUAAUUAUUGACACUCUACGUCAACGUCAUCGUGAAGAAAAAUGGACGCCAAUUAAUUUACAAACAAAUGAACGACUUGAACAAUUAUAUUAUGAAUUUCAUGAGUUAGGUUUAGAUAGUAAAACGUUUCUACAAGAUUAUGUUAUUAUUAGUGAAAAUGGAAAUGUUUCAAUUGAUCUAGCACCGAGUACACUACAAUUUUCUAAAGCCUAUCUUCUAUUUUCACGAGAUAUAUACAAAAUACAUUAUACUCUAAUUAAUCAGACUAUUGUCGAAGCACUUGUCGAAUUGAUUAAACUACAUUUAAAAUAUUAUGAACGAGCACUGUUGCAAACACAACAAAUGGCAAAUGAUAAACAAAACCAACAGUUAAAAUUAUUCAUAUUGAAAAAUGUUGACUUUUCAUUAAAUCAUUUAUUUCAUUAUGUUGACAAUUUAUAUCGACCAAAAAUUGGAAAUUCGGUUAAAUUUUUUACAAAAGUAUAUGAUAAAUUGCCAAAACUACAAGAAAUGGCUUCCUGA